UUCCGCGUUGAUCCGGAUGAAUGUUCACGGUACUGAGCGCCACCGGGGAGCUGGCCGGUCCCAAUCUCUACAUCGACACCAUUCUGCAGAACGUCUCCUGCGUGCUACGAAAUGAGGGCGAGGAAUACCUCUCGAUCGCCGACUAUGAGCUGGGCAACGUGCGACUCACCAACGGACAGAUCUCGGGUCUGGCCACCUUGCGGCGAAAAGGAGAAGCUCGAAUGGACAGCGACUGUGAUGGCGCUACCAUCGAGGCUAAACUGGUGUUGGAGCAGGUCCGACUCUGCUACGACUAUUCGGCUAAGGUCGGUCUGUCGCCAAUUUCAUGUUCCAGCGUAGAUGUCGCGCUUGACGAGCCAGCGGACACACCGAGUCCAAAUUGAAAACUUUUCACGUUUUUGGCCGUUUUUAGCCAUGCAGCAAUCACUUGGACCGUGUCGUGAUCGUUUAUAGGACCUCAGGUCUCAAGACAUUGGAUUGUAGCUCGAUACCAACUUUCCACCUUUUAUGUAACAGUAUGACGAGCAAAUAUAGCCACUGAAAGUUGCUCUACCACUGCCCAUGUAUCUCUGGGCACUGGUCGCAAAAAGGCUGUGAGCCGUGAAGUGACACUCACCUGUACAUACCUA